CUCUGGUCAUCCCCUGCGCUGUCUGCGGUCUCUGGUCAUCCCCUGCGCUGUCUGCGGUCUCUGGUCAUCCCCUGCGCUGUCUGCGGUCUCUGGUCAUCCCCUGCGCUGUCUGCGCUGUCUCUGGUCAUCCCCUGCACUGUGUCCGCAGUCUCUGGUCAUCCCCUGCACUGUGUCCGCAGUCUCUGGUCAUCUCCUGCACUGUGUCCGCAGUCUCUGGUCAUCUCCUGCACUGUGUCCGCAGUCUCUGGUCAUCUCCUGCACUGUGUCCGCAGUCUCUGGUCAUCUCCUGCACUGUGUCCGCAGUCUCUGGUCAUCUCCUGUACUGUGUCCGCAGUCUCUGGUCAUCUCCUGCACUGUGUCCGCAGUCUCUGGUCAUCUCCUGUACUGUGUCCGCAGUCUCUGGUCAUCUCCUGUACUGUGUCCGCAGUCUCUGGUCAUCUCCUGUACUGUGUCCGCAGUCUCUGGUCAUCUCCUGUACUGUGUCCGCAGUCUCUGGUCAUCUCCUGUACUGUGUCCGCAGUCUCUGGUCAUCUCCUGUACUGUGUCCGCAGU